CCCAGCCCACCUCUCGUUUUCCCCUACCUCCCGCUACAGGGAGCAGAGUAGUGCGUGGCGGCCAUCCACGGCGCCAUGGCCGUGGUGGCGGCCAUCGGCGGCCCCCUCUUCCGCCUAUUUAGCCGACCCCGGGCGCCCCCCUCUCCCCCUGGAACCCUAACCCCUAUCCCCUCGCGCCCCCUCUCCCUCUGCUACUCGCGCCCGAUGGCCCUCGCCGUCAUCGUCGCGGCCACCAUCGUCUCCGGCGUGCGGGAGCACGUCCAGGAGGUCCUCCGCGGCCGGAUCCGUCCGUUCCGGGGGCCAGCUCAAGCCGGGACGGUCCGAGUGCUCGGCAUCGAGCCCUUCUCCGCCGCGUACAUCACCAACUCGUCAUCGUUGCCACUGCUCCGCGCCGCCUCUGACCUUCUAACCUCUUCUACGAGAACCAGGAUGUCGGAGCCCAGGAGCCAGAUGCCACCGCCGGUGCCUACUACUACGUGGAGACCAACCAUAUAG